AUUUUUCUAAAAAAUUAACGCUGCCGUCAUCUCACACCCCCGCUCAACGCGACCCUCGCCGGCGUCUGUUCAUCGAUCGGAGCCAAAAAACCGUGGCGUCUAUCCUUUAGAUUUUUCUAGAAAGUUAUCAAAUAUUACAAAACUAACAUCUAAAGUUCGAGCCUCUCUGCUCAGGAUCUACGCCGUCGAAGUUUGGAGGAUGUUUGUUUCGAAAUAUAUUCAAGGAAUGCUUCCACCGUUCGGAUCUUGAAGAUAUCGCCCGGAAGUCUCCAAACCCGAAAUCCUAUUGGGUGAAGCGAGGCAUAAAUCCCAGCAAAUUCAGGAAGCCUAUUCGGGCAAUCUAUACACUAAAGCUUGGAGCUUAUUGCUAAGUCGUUUAAGACCAUCAAAGUAUUGGUGUCUUCUUCUUCUGAAGGGUUUUCAACUAAUGGACUUGCUUCCAUUGCUGGUUGUUGCAAGUAGACUGGGCUCCAGAACUCCAUAGUAAAUUUGUACAGCCUGGAAGUGAGGAUGCUAUAGCACAUGACUUUUUCCAGUGGAUGAAAAACAGAAGUAUUUUGACCUGUAAAUCAAAUGAAUGGCAAGAAGAUUCAUCUUUACGGCCUCCAGAAAACAUGUCUUUCAAGCAACCCUACCCUUUGGUGAUUGCAGCUGCAUCUCAUUCGCCUGGUGAUUCUGACAUGGAGAUGGAAGAUGAUAUCACCCAAAUUGAUGAAGACCAGGGAAUAAGCCAUUCACCCAAAGGCCUGAAAAGUCGGAGUGAUAUCAACAACGUGCUUAAUGUAGACGAGCAGUUAUACUGUCACCCAGAGCAAAUAUCGGCAGAUGGCAAUGCAAACAAGGACAUUUUAUCUGAAAAAGAAUCAGAUGUUGGUUAUUCAAGAUUGGUUAAAGAAGGUCCUGAAGUUAUAGCCAAGGCUGACCAAAUGGCAAUCGGGGCAUCUGUUCCGAAACUAACUCAGUCAAGUCAGUUGUACCUACUAAACAACCUCCUCUCACAAGUUUGGAGAAAUCAAAUACUUCUGGUCAACUUGCAAAAAGUGGCUGUUCAUUCAGCCUUAUCCAAGACUGUGGUUCUGAUGACAACUCUGAAAAUGUUGAGGUUGGUUCUAAUGUUGACAGUGAUAAGUUACAAAAGGAACCUAGGCUAGAGGAUGAAAAUAUGACUCUUGGUUUUCAACAUAAAUUGGACAAAUUUGGGCGUUUGGUUCGUGAUGGUGCUAGUGAUAGCGACUCAGAUGAUUCUUGCUAUAUUGGGAGGUAUAUAAGUGGGGGACCUCGAAGCAGAAAUCAGAGCCAUUCACCUCUAGAUAGAAGGCGAAGUCCACAGAGGAGAAGGAAGAAGCACAGUCUAUCACGCAGUUGGUCUCCCAGAAAUCGGAGAAGCAGGAGCAAGUCUCCCAGAAAUCGGAGAAGCAGGAGCAGGUCUCCCAGAAAUCGGAGAUGCAGGAGCAGGUCUCCCAGAAAUCGGAGGAGCAGGAGCAGAUCUCCCAGAAAUCGGAGAAGCAGGAGCAGAUCUCCCAGUUUUAAGCAUACUAAAGAAUUCAGGGGUGAAAAUAAGAGACGGGUGAAGGGACAGAUGCCAUUCUGUUUUGACUUCCUUAGAGGCAAGUGCUACCGUGGAGUGUCUUGUCGUUAUCUGCACCAUGAUUCUGGCAAGAGUUAUGAAUCAAGGUGGCAAAGGAGCAAACUACAGCUUCUGGAGUUGCCUCAUGCUUCUAGGACUAAUAAUGCUCGUGAAGAGAUCAAGCAGAGCUCUGAGAAAAGAGAAGAUUCUGGUGAUGAAUCCAAUGAGUAUCAUAUGGUUAAAUCCGAUAGAUCUAGAGACAUCCCGGCCUCUUCAUUUGAAACACACCUGUUAGAAAACAAGCAGGAAACGCGUAAUCCUGUCAGUUAUGAGAAUUGUCAAGAAGCAGCUGCAGAAUCUCAACACCUGUCAACUAUUGAUAGCUCAUCAGUUGGCAAUAUGGGCUCACUGGAGUCAUGCGGUAAUGCUUCUCGGGAAGUACUUACUUCUUUCUCCAGUCCUUUAGAACCAGUGUGUCAAAAUGCAAGUUGCCAACCUCAACAAUCAGAUAACUCAACCAUGUCUGAUUCUUUACCAUGUAAACCAUCAACAUCUCCAUUAAAUAGGCUGCCAGAGAGUAAUAUUCAUCCACAUGCAAUGGAGCUCCGUAACCAUCCUUGCCAUAUAUCCUCCCCUUCCGUCUUAUGCUCACAUGGUAAAGAUAAUCCACAUAUGAAAGAGCAGCAAAUUUCAUCUUCUAUGUUCCAAUCGUCUGGGGAAAGCUUUCCUUCUAACAUGUUACCUAUCCAAGAGUCUUACUUUGCUCCACCUUUAAUUUCCUUACCUCCAGCUUCAGUUCCACCUCUGCCACCACCACUGGACUCAACUGUAACACCCAGUGUACAUUCACAUUUUCGGCAGAGUUACUUUCCUCUGAGGAAUGAUUUUGGUUCCCAGAUUAUUCCUAGACCUUACCUUACUGAAUUGCAUGCAUGUUCUCAAGCUGAUGGGCUUCAACAGCGAGCCUAUCCUCCAAUUCAGGAUGUUAAUCAACCUAUCUUGCAGGCUUCUUUGCCUAUUUGUAACCUGCCUGGAGCUCCUAGUAUGUUGAGAGAUGAUGGCUCAACACAAACUCCAAUGCGGAACAUUAUUGCUUCAAAUUCCUUUUCCCAGGGCAACACUCAUCCUUAUACUCUGCCCUGUUCACAACAGUUGAUGGGAAGCAAAAUGCAACCAUUUCCCUCUGAGAGUUUGCCGCCAGGUGGACUUUCUUACUCAUCUUCAUAUAUUUAUCCCUACGCUCAGCAGCAACCACCACACAGUUCAGACCACCCUAUGAUUGAUAGUAUUUAUAAUCUUGGUGGAAAGACGAAUUCUUCGAUGACAGUUCCACCAAAUAUUGGGGACACAUCAUCCCACCGAGUUGACAUUGGAGGAUCUAGUAGUUCAAUUCAUAAUCCAAAUGUAUCUACUCUUGUUCAGCCAUUGAAUAUCAAACACAGUUCUGGUAUUCUCUGGCAAGAAAAAGAUGUAGCCUACAAUAGGAUUCCUUUCAGUUUGGCUCAUCAUCCAGUUCGUGGGAGAGGUAUUGGAUCCCAACAAACGACCUUGUCACCCAAUUCUUCCAGGAACUUUGGGCAAAAUUUUCUUAGAACAGAUGGUGACCAAUAUGAUCCACUUUUUGAUAGCAUUGAGCCAUCUUCAAGUUUGUCGGGAAAAAAUAAUUGUAUUCAAAAGUUGGAAGUAACAGGUGACUCUGAUAUUUUAUUGGGGCUUAGUGGGUCCAACGAACCAUUGAAUAUGGGGGAAAGCCAGAGGAAAGAUGCUGCAGCUGCUGCUUCUGUGGAUUCUUCAGGCAAUAAGGAAUUUGGUGAGACUGCUGAUGGUAAAGUUAGUGCCGUUGAGAGUGGAAGCCCGAGUAAUCCUGAUGAGGUUAUCAUGGCUACUAGUGAGGUUGAGAUUGACCAGAUAAAGUCUCCAGGGAAGAGCAAAGAUUCCAAAUCAAUGAAGCAUUUCAAGGUUGCUCUUGCACAUUUUGUGAAGGAGCUUUUAAAACCAUCAUGGCAACAAGGUAAUAUGAGCAAGGAGGCAUUUAAGACUAUUGUGAAGAAGACCGUUGAUAAAGUAUCAGGAGCUAUGAAGAGCCACCAUAUUCCCAAAUCUAGUGCAAAGAUUGAUCGUUACAUUGAGUUAUCUCAGCAGAAAUUGACGAAACUUGUUACGGGUUAUGUUGACAAGUAUGUUAACGUCUGAGAUGGCAUCGAUGCCGAUCCCUAACACUUUUAUCAACGGUUGAGUUUUUCUUUUGUUGAAGUGUAAGAUGGCAUCCAUGUUGAUUCCUAUUAGAACAGGUAAGUUUUUUCUUUCUGUUGUACCUGGAAGUUGAGGACUAUGUUCCUGUGCCAUUGAAGCUUUUGCAAGUUAGUAAUUCAAUUUUGUAGCAGUGGGUUGUGGGGAAAAGUUGAGAAAUUUUCGAGUUGGUGGUAAAAACUCGAUUUGUAUAGUUUGUAAUGUUAGGAUAAGGGAGGAGU